GUGCUUGCCAUCGUGGCAGGAAGACAACAUGCCUACCAUAGGAGGUUACACGAAAAAUAUGGUUCUGUGGUUCGCGUAUCUCCCAAUGAACUCAUCUUCUGCGGCGCCGAUGCCUGGGAUGAUAUCUACGGCAACAAGGUGAGUGGCUAGACACCCAAGAUCAGCCAAACUACCAACAUACUCACCUUAUCCCAGCCCGGAAAGCCAGACAUGGAGAAAUCCCCUCUCCAAGCUGGCGGUCUUCCCCAACACAUCCCCGCCCGAGCCCUCACUCUCGCGCCAUGGAAUGACCAUGUCCGCCAGCGAAAAGCCUGGGCCUACGGCUUCAGCAACACUGCCCUCCUCGGUCAAGAGCCCUUGAUCCAAACGCACAUCGACAAGCUGAUCACCUCCCUGCAUCGCUUAGCCGGCAAAGCCGGCGAGGUCAAGGCUGUCGAUAUGGCUGCAUGGCUCACCUAUACCACCUUCGACAUCAUCGGUGAGCUCUGCUUUGCCGAACCUUUUGGGUGCCUCGACAGCGGCGAGGCGGGCGAGUGGUCAACCAGCAUCGUCAACAUCGCCAACGCGGGCAUGUACGACCAAGCCAUGCGUCGACUUACGGGAGUCGGGACGUGGUUGACGGCGAUCUUGGCCAAGAACCUGACGCCGAAGAAGUAUACGGCGUGGAGAGAGGCGCAUUUCCUAAAGGCGAGAGAGAAGACGAUGCGCAGGCUGGCGGAUAAGGAUCGUGAGCAUAAGGACUUCAUCUACUAUGUGUUGAGGAACAACGAGGCGAAGGCGCUGUUGAGCGAGUUGGAGAUUGUGAUGAACACGGCUUUGUUUACUGCGGCAGGAAGCGAUACCACGGCUACCAUGCUAGCUGCUUGGACGAACUUGAUGUUACGGAACCGAGACAAGUAUAAGAAACUCGUUGACGAAGUACGCGGUACUUUCAAGUCUGCGAGUGAGAUCAGCUGGGCCACUGUCAAAGAUCUACUGUAUUUGAAUGCCGUCAACCAAGAAGUCCUGAGAAUUUGCGCCCCCGUGCCGACCAACCUUUGCCGUGUCGUCCCUCCUGGUGGUGCCGUUAUUGACGGACGCCCAGUUCCCGGUGGAACAACAGUCUCCCUCUCCCCCUGGGCCGCCACCCACCUCCCGCUCAACUUCUCUCGACCCCUCGACUUUCUUCCUGAGCGCUGGCUUUUCUACUCCUCCAACACUUCCAACUCUCCCAACUCUUCCCAUCUCUACUCUUCCAAACCCUCUCUCCCCAGACCCAACCAAUCCGAAUUCACAACCGACAAACCCCACGCCUCCCAACCCUUCAGCCACGGCCCGCGCGGCUGCAUCGGCAAGAACCUGACCAACAUCGAGCAGCGACUAAUCAUGGCUCAUUUGGUCUGGCACUUUGAUUUGGAAAUUCCCGAGGGGGAAACCGAGCAAAAAGAAAAUGAGAAGUGGGAUUCGAAGGGUGAUAUGGAGGGGUUGAAGGCUUGGUUGGUUUGGCAGAAGCCUGCGCUGUGGGUGAGGUUGAGGGUUGUGGACCGCGAGAGGGAGAAUUGGACGGCUAGGGAUCGGUUUGUGGUUGAGGGGGUGGUUAAUGGGGAGUACUAGGACUUAGGGGGGACUGUGAUGGGUUGGAAAAAAGAGGGAUUUGGGUUGCAAAAAGUUGUUCUGUUCUGUUUUGGGUUGUCUUCUGUUCUUUGCUUGGCCUGAGUGGGAAGCACUCUCUUGGUUGUUAUCGGGUUGGAUGCUUACAUGACGUUCAUCGAGU